AAAAAUUGAACUUCCGCUUUGCGUGCAUACUAACAAAGACAUGAAGAUCUGGAUCGAUCUCUAUGGACAAAAUUGUGGUUUCCGUAGCAAAUCUAAUUAUUUUGAUCACAUUUUUAAAUAAAGAAUGGUGUAGAAAUGAAGUCUCUGCAGUGUAUCAUUGCUCCUUUGUGGAGAACUAUUAUGCGAACGGAAACGCAACAAAUAAGCCAGGAACAUUACAGGAAUGUCAAGAUAGAUGUAUCAGUUUCUCAUGGUGUCUAGGUUAUGAUUAUUUUAACCCAAAUUGUAGGCUAUUAAGCAGCAUUAAUCCAAGUUCUUUUAGAUGGCCCAAACCAAUUUAUGAAAAAAGGUGUGAAGAUGUAUGUGCACCUGGAAAAGAAUACAAGAAUAAUAAUUGCUCUGAAUGUAACAUUGGUUUCUAUAAGGAUCAAUACGCAAACAUUAGCUGUACGAAGUGUCCUGAUCAUAAAAUAACAUUGGAAAAAGGUUCUAGCUCUAUUACUAAUUGUAACAUCACACAUUGUGAACUAGGAUUCUUCUCACCUGAUAACAGUUUCUGCUUUGAAUGCCCGAUUGGAGCCUACAAAAAUGUUACUGGGAAUCAGCAGUGUUUACAUUGUCCAAGUAAUAGAACUACAACAGAAAACGGUAGCAUUGACAUUAGUAAUUGCUCAUUUGCACACUGUGCACCAGGGUUCUAUUCCCUGGACAACAUUUCCUGCUCUGUUUGCCCCUAUGGAUUCUAUAAAAACUUUACUGGAAAUCAGCCAUGUUUACAGUGUCCAAUAAAUAAAAUAACAACAAACGUUGGAAGUAUAGACAUCAGUAAUUGCUCUUUUGCUCAUUGUGAACCAGGGCUCUCUUCAAGGGACAACAUUUCCUGCUCUGUUUGCCCGAAUGGAACGUAUAAGAACUUCACUGGAAAUCAGCCAUGUUCAAAAUGUCCUAUGAAUAAAACAACAGGAGAAGUUGGAAGUACUGAUAUCAGUAAUUGCUCUUUGGAUUGUCCGACCAUUUGCACGGAUAAUGACCCAUGUAAAUAUACAGGGACCAGCAGUUGUGUAUGUCCGAGUGGAUAUUAUGGAUCACAAUGUUCAAAGCGAUGUAGUCCAGGAUGUCUAGACGAUUCGUGCAACAAAAUGAAUGGAACAUGUCCAUGUAAAGAAGGCUACUUCGAUGACAAGUGUUUGAAGAGUGGUGGUUUGGCACAAAACAAUCAGUGGACUAGCCAUUGUAAAGAAAAUUGCUCAAAAGAAAGGCAUUUUAAAUUUGACCUCUGUUACAUGGGCUGGUUUGGUGACUCUUGCCUAUACAGAGAUCUUGGUGUAAAAGCCAUUAUGGACGAUGAAGUCCUGAAUGACAACAAUCACAGCACCUGUGUGAAACGUAACAGCGUUACAAUCGAUUGGCAGAAAAAUAUACAAGCUGUCACGUGGGUUAGACUGGUCUUUACGAACAAUGAUGAUGUAAGGGAGAUAAUCGCAUUUUAUUUCAACAACAACGAUAUGAAUAUCAGUCUUGUCUGUAAUUCUGUUGACAUGAGGUAUCGCAAGGUCGGAAACACAUCAAUGGAUUUUUAUUGCGACGGCUCAUACUUUGUCACUACAGUACAAGUAUCUUGGAAAAGUGAAAGCCUUCUAUGCUCUGUCCAUGUUAAUGGAGGACGAAAUGUUGCAUCUACAGUCUCAAAAGUGAGAUGGAGUCUCAUUAAAUACAAAUGGACCAACAUUGAGACACUGACAGAUGGUUACUAUGGUCGAGGUGGCUGUUUGACAAUGAACUCCAGUAUAACACUUCAACUUUACUUUUGGCAUGAGGUCUACUCAGCUCAAGUUUUACUUUACACAGACUUUUCAAGAGACGACGGCCGUGGAAACUACUUUGUGGAACUCAUUGACGUUCACGGACAGGUUCAGUCCAAGAAGUUUUCCAGUGGGAAAGAUGUAUUUGUUCAGAAUGCGUUUUUUAACAGUGUCUUUGAGUUUCGAUCUGUUAAUAUCAGAGUAUUGAGUGGGACAUUGGAUCUAUGUGAAGUGGAAGUCUACGGAGAUUGUAUCGCUCCAUAUUACGGCUACUCUUGUCUAGAUAUAUGCUACCUAGCAUGUCUACACCAGGACUGUACCUAUGAUGGAGAAUGCUAUGAAUGUACUCCUGGUCGCACCGGUACAUACUGUGAUGACCGUUUAUACAACACUACUGACUUAGUAACUGAAGCAGCCAGACAGUCGUCCACUGAGGCAAGUUUUAGUGUCGCAAAAGUAAAAUCUGUCAUAAAUAAAUAUGUCGUGAUAUUAAUAGUUUGUGUUCUUACACUAUUAAUUAUCUUGAUUGGGAAAACAUGUUUCUCUUUCAAAAUGGUCAAAGAGGAAGAAGAAAAAGCCUAUUCAAAUACAUUUCUAUAG